AAAGAUCGAGAGGGAAACGAAAUUACGUUUACAAAGUGGAGGGAACGACAGAAAGAAAUCACAUCUUUCUACAAAGCGAAAUCACAUCUGUUACUGCCGCAUAAGAACUCUACUAGGGUAUGCGAUUUUCUCAGAUUUAAUUUUCCUUAUAAUAAAGCAGUGUUAAUCCUCUCGAUCUCCUACUUUUACACAGAUUCUUAGUUCCUGUUCUCGAUCUCCGUAUCACCGAUUCGCUGCAGCAUAAGAACUCCUACUAGGAACAUGGCAAGCCCCCAACAUUCCACCAAUGUGAAUAUGGCAAGCCAAAUUUCUGAAGAAAGUUCUUCUAAGAAAUCCGAACGAGCUAAAAGUGAUGGGAUUGUGCGCCCCCAAGGAAGAAAAAGUUGUAAUGAAAAGAAGAGAAAGUUGAAUGCAGAAAUUGGAGUGGUAGAAGUAAUAAAUAAACUCCAGUGCAUCUUGGAGAAGCAGAUUGAGUUUAAUGUGGCAAAGUUGGAGUUGAAAAGGGAAAACCAACAAAAAGAGUAUGCAUUAAGAGAGCAGGCAAUGAAGCGGAAGAUAGAAUUAAAAGAGAAAAGACUAGAAUUGAAGAUGAAAGAACUAGAGGUGAAAGAGAGAGCCCAACACAGAGCCCAUCAAGAAUGCAUUAUGCACCUUGAUUUGAGUAAGCUACCACCAACUGUGCGAGCUACUUAUGAAAUCAUACAAGCUAAAAUAUUGAAGGAAUGGGAAAUUGGGUACUCUUCGGGAAUCUAAAUAUGUUGGAUAUUUAUCAAGGAAUUUCACAUCUCAUACUGAUAUUUCAAUAGUUUUGGCUUAUGUUUUGUUGGAUGAUUAAUAACUUUGUUCUAAGCAUAAAUUAUGGCAUUCAUACUUUUGUUGAAUUAUAUCCUUAUUAGGCAUAUAUAUAAUUUGUUUGUUGCAAACUUGCUGCAUUAAACUAAUGGUAGUUUUUUUUGAAUGUGA